GGUCCUCACAUUGCGAUUGCCAUCUCGUACGGUGAGCUGUCCAACAGAACAGAUUUGAGGGGAAGUUGACGAGCAUUAGCUAGCACUCGUCUCUUUACGGAGUCAAAAUCUAUAGUUAUUUCCCGCUUGUUCCGUGUGUAGUGAAGGCAGCAGGAGACCAUGGACGUGGUCCGGGGGUUAUUGUGCCUGUUCUCGGUGCUGGUAUCUGAGAUGUUCAUGGUGGCCGCGUUCUCCCAGAGCCUGGACAGCGACUUCACAUUUACACUCCCUUCCGGACGGAAGGAGUGCUUCUUCCAGACCAUGAAGAAGGACGCAUCGCUGGAGAUAGAAUAUCAGGUGUUGGACGGAGCAGGUCUGGACGUUGACUUCAGCCUGUCCUCUCCUACUGGACACGUUCUGUACAGCGACCACCGCAAGUCAGACGGAGUACACACUGUAGAGACAGAGGACGGAGACUACAUGUUUUGUUUUGACAACUCGUUCUCGGCAGUGUCGGAAAAGAUCAUUUUCUUCGAGCUGAUCAUGGACAACAUGGAACAGGAAGGGGAGGAGCCAGAGGACUGGAAGGAGUACAUCCAUGGGACUGACAUGUUGGACAUGAAGCUGGAGGACAUCAUGGACACCAUCAACAGUGUUAAAGCCCGGCUGGGGAAGAGCCUUCAGAUACAGACGCUGCUCAAAGCCUUUGAGGCCCGCGACCGCAACGUACAAGAGUCCAACUACAACCGGGUCAACAUGUGGUCCAUGACCAACAUGCUGGUGAUGGUGCUGGUGACAGGGGUGCAGGUCUACCUCAUCCGCUCGCUGUUCGACGACAAGAGACACACACGCACGUAACAACCCGCCCACUGGGAGGGGUCGGGGAGGGACCGGCAGCUCUGUCUUGAUCAGCCAGCCAAUAGGGAGUGGGGACUGGUGGUGAAGAUGCGACCGUAACUCAUUGGUUUUUAUGUACAACAUGCACUCACAUAAAUCACACAUCCUUAGACACAAAUGACCUACCCGUCCAGUCUCUUCAUCUGCUCUGUCUAGCUGCUGAGGGACCGCAUUCGUAUCUGCUCUGUCUAUCUAAAAAUCAGUGGAGGGUGAGACACCAGCCAGACCUUCAGAGUCAUUGGCUUUUAAAAGCGAGCGUAACGAACAAGUGUUUACCAUUGAUAUGGUAAUGUUGUGAACUCUCAACUUUGUCUUCCAGACACUGAGGUGAGACUGUCCUGUCCGUGUCACAUCUUUCAAUGUCUUCCAGUAUAUGAUCUGUAAGUCAUGUUGCCAAGCCUUUUACUGGAGUAGGUGGUUGAUAUACCUUUAGAGAUUCUGAUUUAGCAGUCUGUGCCAUACUACCAAAACUUUUGCCUUCCAAACCGUGGCUGGAGUGGACAGCAUGUGCAUGCACACACACCCUUUCACUCUCUUUCAGAUACUCACACAAUCUCUUACCCACACACACACACACACACACAUUUCUUCAUAGAAACAUCUGCUGCCUGCCAGUGCCAGCCCUCUUUUCUCUGGCUGGCCUUUCGGCUGCUUGGUGAGUAGAGUAGGGGAAAGGGAAUAGUUUCUUCCGUAACCCUCUAAAUCACUGCUGUACUCUUCCACUCCCUCCUCCUCCUGACAUCCACCUAUAACUCAUGUCCUGAUGGUCUAAUGUCAGACUUAGUGCCGACAGGCGAGUCUGGUUUCAGUCAUACAGGCUGAUGAGAUGUGGAGUCCGCUCUGCCCCUCUCUUUUUCUCUAGUGACCACAUUCUAUUUCUAACAACCACACCCUGCACCUCAUUGGAGCAGCGACGGUUACGGGAGAAGGGUUGCUUGGGACUGAGGUGGGGAGUGGUUGGGAGAUCCACUCAUUUGGCUUUAUUUUGUAGGUGGUCCAAUAGUGUACAUGAGAGCUCCAAACUUCCACACUUGUGGUUGAUACACUGAUAUGUGCCAAGAGUUUGGAGCAGCCAAACAAGUUGUCUGAUUGCGCUCUAAAUGCUCCCUAUAUUACAGAAAUGUUCCUAUAAAUACUCACUGUGCUGCUGUGUUGAGUAACACCCCACCGCUAUCUUGUGGCUGGACAGUGAACUGCUCACAUGACUAUCUCACCUCUAGGACUGGCUUUAAAAAAAA